CUUUUUAUUCCCCCUAUGUGGCUCUCUCCAUCAAAGCUACAUUGGAAUUUUGCUCCAAUCUUUCAUCAAAUUCAUUCGUUUUAAUCCAAACUUCAUUUCUCCUAAACAGAAAGAAAUCAUGAACCCGAAUCCACCUGAAUCCCACCAUGCAAAUUCCAUCAAGUCCACCAAAACACCGCAACUUGACCUUAAUUCCAGGGCAAGUUUCCUCGGCCCGAUUCGCCGCCGGGGACUACUUGGGGCAUUCAGGCGGAGGAAUAAGCUGCCGACGGUUAAGCUGGGAGGCGGAAGCCGGCGUCGAAGAGGGUUCUUUUUGAAGCGGGUCAUUGAGAUGAGAUCCUUGAAGCUGAAACUCAGUGGGAUGAUGAAGAAGAUGAAGAGCUUUUGCCGGAGUUUAGGUAAGGAUCUUUUUGAAGUACAAGGUACGAUGGAUGCAUUCCAAGAGGCGGUGAUUCUCGAGACGGCGUUCGCCAUUCCGAUCAUGAGUCUUACCUUCAUCAAUACCCUGCCGGAGUCAACCCGCCGGCCGACGGUCUAAGUUGUCACUCACACAUGUAUGAAAUUUUCAUUAUUAUUAAUCAUGUAAAAGUACAACAAUUGGACUGAAAUAUUAAUAAAAUAAAAUGAUGAACCAAUUAAUUAGGCCA